CAAGGGCAACUACAGGAAGCCUUUAAAAGAGGAACAGGAGGCUGAAUCCACCACUUGUGCCUGAUGCGGAUCUGCAGGAUGCAUCUCAAGAGAGUUGUUCUGUAGCUACAGGCCCAGGAAAUGUGGCGAGCUAUGCGGCUGUUUAACCCCGUGGUGGGGCUGCGGGAAUGGCUCCGACAGAGCCGAGGCUCUCCCAGACUGGUGCUGGUUGUUGUGUGUGUUGCCCUGCUACUGGAUAACAUGCUCCUCACUGUCGUUGUGCCUAUCGUCCCAACCUUUUUAUAUGCCCUGGACCACCCGACACAGGACCCCUCCAUCCAGCCCUACACACAGAGGCCCCCAGAGGAGGGCUACGGCGUGGCGUCGGUCCACUCUUUCUACGACAACAUUUCUUACCAUCUCAGGGGCUCUGAGAGAAAUGUGUCUGAGGUCCUCCUAUUCGGCAACUCCAGCAACUCCAGCCAGGCUGAAGAUAACGCAUGCCAGGAGGACAAUGACUUCUUGGACAAGGAGAAUGUUCGUGUGGGACUCCUCUUUGCCUCCAAGGCUUUGGUACAGCUCCUGGUAAACCCAUUUGUUGGUCCCCUGACAAACAGGAUUGGAUAUCACAUACCAAUGUUUGCCGGCUUCAUCAUAAUGUUUGUAUCAACAAUAAUGUUUGCCUUCUCAGGUACAUACGCCUUGUUGUUCUUUGCUCGCUCUCUUCAGGGAAUCGGUUCCUCAUUCUCUUCCGUGGCAGGCCUGGGAAUGUUGGCCAGCGUGUACACAAAUGAUGAAGAGAGAGGCGUAGCCAUGGGCAUUGCUCUGGGUGGACUGGCAAUGGGCGUUCUCAUUGGAGCACCAUUUGGAAGCGUGAUGUAUGAAUUUGUGGGAAAGUCUGCACCAUUCUUAAUCUUGGCCUUUUUGGCAGUAUUUGAUGGAGUGCUACAGCUCUGCAUACUUCAGCCAUCAAAGAUUUCACCAGGGAGCGUGGAGGGCACUCCUUUGCUUACCCUGCUGAAGGAUCCAUACAUUCUCAUAAGUGCAGGCUCUCUGUGCUUCGCCAACAUGGGAGUCGCCAUUCUGGAGCCCACACUACCCAUCUGGAUGAUGCAGACCAUGUGUUCUCCUAAAUGGCAGCUUGGAAUGGCUUUCCUACCAGCGAGCAUUUCUUACCUUAUAGGCACCAAUCUAUUUGGGUUGUUGGCUAACAAAAUGGGAAGAUGGUUGUGUUCCAUGAUAGGAAUGUUUAUAGUCGGCAUCAGUCUGCUUUGCGUUCCUUUUGCAAAGAACAUCUAUGGUCUGAUUGGUCCAAAUGCAGGCCUGGGGUUUGCUAUUGGAAUGGUAGACUCCUCUAUGAUGGCCAUAAUGGGAUACUUGGUGGAUAUUCGCCAUGCCUCCGUCUAUGGCAGCGUUUAUGCCAUUGCUGAUGUUGCAUUGUGUAUGGGUUUUGCCAUUGGUCCAUCGACAGGGGGCGCCUUGGUCAGGGCCAUUGGAUUCCCUUACCUCAUGGUGUUCAUUGGCAUCAUCAACAUCCUCUACGCUCCCCUGUGCUUCUUCCUGCGGAACCCUGCCGUCAGGGAGGAGAAGAUGGCCAUAAUAGACCAGGAAUGUCCUUUGCAUAGGAAGAGCUACAACACACAGAAGGGGUGUCGUGAGUUCCCUUUGAGUGACGAAAGCGAAGAGGAAACAGAGGAGUAACUUGGCACAAAACACACACAUACACUCACAUUUGGUUUUCAGCACGUUCAGUGAUAGACAGAAAUGUUGAAGUUAUCUCAUAUUGUCAGAAGUAAAAUGAUGACCAUAACAGGCUUUCUGUCACCACCAUUUAGCACCAUUUGCUGAUGUCCUCUGAACUGAAAGUUACUUGAAAUAACAAACAAUAGCAACUGUGUUGUUGGUAUUGCAUAUGCAUAGUCACAGUAAGAUGUUGCAUUUCAUUUCUCAUCAUUCUGAUGUGUGUGUGUGUGUGUGUUUGUAUGUGUACAUCAUUUAACUUGGUUUCUGUCAGUCUGUGCAUCCUUAUGUACUAAGAGCUAAAUAUAAAACUUGUCUGGGCUCAACAAAGAUUAAAUGAUAAGCUUGAAAAUGA